ACGUUGUCAAAGCUAUAUGCCAUAUUGGCAGUCACUGUGUUGAUAUUUUCCACCAAUCACACUGCUGCUUAUAAGCUGCCUGCAGAUAUGCAUAUAGCACUGUCGGGUUCAGCAAACUACGGAAUACUGGGUCAGCGUUUUGCCUUUACUUGCACUGUGUCAAACGUGCCUUAUUUGAAUGCAAAUAUAUACUUAAGUACUAUCUCAGAUUAUAAAUAUCAAAGUAUGUGGCAGUCAAAUAAAACAUGCAAAGCAAGUCCAGCCACGAUGCCACUCCUGGUUAAGAGAGGGUACUAUAGUUAUUGUGGAACUGGCACAAUGAAAGCUGAGAUGACAGUGAAGAAAUAUCAUUUUGUUAUAAAACGCGUGACCCUGUUAGACGAAAAGCCAUGGAGUUGUUAUGUUCACACACUUACAUCAAGGGAUUCAAGCAACAUAUUCUCUCUAACAGUACAUGCUCUCGACGUGUCCUUGUCCAGGAAGUCCUCUGAACCUGUGCUGGGUCAUCCGCUGACUCUGGUCUGUAAACUGUCGCCCUCAGCCGGUUUAAAUUCUACAGUGCAAUUCUUCAAGACAAGAGUUAAAAAUAAGACUGUUGCUGGCUUGCUGCAACAGGAAUACUCAGAAUGCUCAGUAAUCAGUGAAACAACCAGAGGUUAUAACCCCACAUGUGGGACAGGAACAGAUCUUUCCGACUCUGAAUAUAAGUAUUAUGUUAUGGAGAUCUCCCAAGUAUCAUCCAAUGAUAACACGCUUUGGUAUUGUCGAGUAACAAACCCAGAGGCUACAGUUAACGCCCACAUCACUAGCAGGCGUUUUCAUCUGACUUUAUGGCAUAAUCUCACUGCGUCCCUCUCCACGAGUCCACGUCAACCUGCGUAUAAGCAGAAGUUUACUCUGACCUGUACAUUGACAAACGCUGGUGUUAUUAGAGCUUCAGUCCAGUUCAGGAGGAGGAUUAGUGGAACUGACAGUGUUGUCGGCACGCUGCACCAGGUUGUCAACAACUGCACAGUAGCCGAUAACUUCAAAGGUUAUAAGUCCAGUUGCGGGACAGGAACAUUUGUCUACAGCUCGAGCAUUAAAGAGUACAGUGUGGAGAUCACCCAACUAGCACCCGAUGAUAAUGUAGAUUGGUUUUGUUUGGUACAAGACGAUGAAAGUACAAAUUCCAUCAGAAGCAACCAUUUUAAACUGUGCAGCUUCCAGUGUGAACAUGGUUAUCUUCAAACAGAUAUUUGCACGUGUAAUUGUUCAAAGCACUGGACUGGACGUAUAUGUGAAAUAUGCAGCUUACAGUGUAAAUAUGGUGUUCUUGAUAAGAACACCUGCUCUUGUGAUUGUCAAAAUCAUUGGACUGGAGAUAAGUGUGACAUAUGCAGCUUAGAGUGUGAAAAUGGUGCUUUUCAAAAAGAUACUUGCUCAUGUCAUUGUGAAAAAUACUGGACUGGAGAUAAGUGUGAUGGUUGCAGCUUACAGUGUGCACAACAUGGCAAUAUUAUAAGCAGUAACUGCACAUGUGCUUGUCAAAAGUACUGGACUGGAGAUAAAUGCGACAAAUGCAACAUAAAGUGUGAUCAUGGUGAUCUACAAGAUUCUUGCACCUGUGAUUGUGACAAAUACUGGAUUGGAGACAAGUGUGAUAAAUGCAACUUAGAUUGUGAACACGAAGGCAUUGUUCAACUUGAUUGCAUAUGUGCUUGUAAAGGACACUGGAUUGAAGACAAGUGUGGCAGUCAUAAUACCGGAUGUGAAAAUGAAGGCAAGCUUGAUGAUAACAACUGCACAUGUGGUUGUAAACAGUACUGGAGUGGAGAUAAGUGUGACACAUGCAGCUUACAGUGUAAAUAUGGUGUUCUUGAUGAGAAAACCUGCUCUUGUGGUUGUCCAUUGUACUGGACUGGAGAUAAGUGUGACAUAUGCAGCUUAGAAUGUGAAAAUGGUGAUUUUCAAAAAGAUACUUGCUCAUGUCGUUGUGAAAAAUACUGGACUGGAGAUAAGUGUGAACAAUGCACCCUAGAGUGUCAAAAUGAAGGCCAGCUUGACAAAAAUAACUGCACAUGUUGUUGUGAAAAGUACUGGACUGGAGAUAAGUGUGAAAAUUGCAUCUUACAGUGUGACAAUGGCAAGUUUCAAAAAAACAACUGCACGUGUGAUUGUGAAAAGUACUGGACCAGAGAUAAGUGUGACAAAUGCAGCUUAGAGUGUCAAAGAGGCAAACUUCAAGAAUCUGAUUGCAUGUGUGAUUGUCCAAAACACUGGAUUGGAGAUAAGUGUGAAACAUGCAACUUGAAGUGUAAAUAUGGCAUUCUUCAUACGGAUACCUGCACAUGUGAUUGUCCACCAUACUGGAUAGGAGAUACCUGUGAAAUAUGCGACUUACAGUGUCAUAAUAAUAGCACUCUCCUAUUUGAUUGCACAUGUGGUUGUUAUGGUUAUUGGACUGGAGACAAGUGUGACAUAUGUACUUUAGAGUGUGAAAAUGGUGAUCUUGUAAGUGAGAACUGCACAUGUCAGUGUCCCGGAGACUGGACUGGAGAUAAAUGCGAUGUUUUUAUUGAUAAGAACGAGUCACAGCGUUUAGAAGAUGGUUUCGAUGGAACUAUUAUGGCUUUGAUUAUCGUCGCUUUGAUCAUUCUUGCUGCUAUUGUGGCAGCUGUGAUCUGUUAUAAGAGGGGAAAGAAAGAGAAAGAAUCAGAGGACGAUCUUGAUUUAAGUAGCGUCCAUAACCAGAUUGAUAAUCCAGUCUUCACAAGUCUAGAGGCGGAUGAAAUUGAUGAGAUUGCAUUAAAGAACACAGGACUUGGAGUAAGAGAGGAAGAUCUGGAUGAUGUAACUAGCAAGAUAUUUGAAGGAGACACUGAAGACGAGAAUGAUAUGAACGUGAUGGAGAAACCAAAAACCCAAGACCAGGAUAAAGUUGCAACAUUGUAAUGAAAAAUGCUUCAUGUAGAAAAUGUAGAAAUGUUUUUACCAGGAGUCUUAUUGACAAAACUCUCAGAGGUUCUUUAGAGCAACUUCGUGUCAUCUUUACAAGUGCUUUUGCACUUCAGGAUUGCACUGCAGUUGCGAGAGUUGAGUGAACACAAAAGGGUCAUGUCACCAGUGAUUGAAGAGAAGUGUUAUUCAUUUUAAAUAGCGUAAUAGUUAUAUCUCAGCUUUAUUGUUAAAUUUGUGAUCAAAUCUAAAACAAAUUGUGCUAUCUUUUCUUCCAGCAGGCCAUAUGUUUUUUCUUUUGACACACUAUUUAAAAAAAUAAAUAACAGCAGGCCAUAUUAAAAAAAAUCUAUUUUGAGCAAGAUAUGAUGCAAAAAACAACAUACUAUAUUUUUAAUUUAAGACUAGAAAUGUUUUAAACAAAUCAUUUGUGGAAUUGUAAACAGAUGAUGGUAAUACAAUUAAAGAUUCAACUGGCAUGAAGCAAAAUAUUUUUAUGAAAAAUCAUAUUUAAAAAAAACUAUUCCACUAAAAUAGAUUUAGAAGACUUGUUUAAAAAUUGUAAAUCUUCAAAAUAGGAUGAAGCAAACUCAAGUAGAUAUGGUGAACUAAAUUAUGAUGAAGUACUUGCAGAAUUAAAACAUAAAAAAUGGAACAAGUCCUCGGUCAGAUGGUUUUACAGUUGAAUUUUAAAAGGUUUUUUGGAGAUUUUGAAAAACAUUUUUUAAUUAAUUAUUUAAAUAAUGCAUAUAACAAUGGAAUGCUUUCAGUUACACACAAAAUUAUAACCAAAUAAACCAAAUAUAUAUAUUUUUUAAUUUGAGACCAAUCUCACUUCUAAGUGUAUCAUAUAAAUUGGCAUCUGCUGUAAUUGCCCAAAGAAUAAAAACUGUGUUGCCAAAUGUAACAAGUGAAGAGCAAGAGUUCUUACUAGUAAUUAUAAAUCGGAAGAAGAAUUUGAUUGCAUGUACAUGUAUACGUAUGAGGAAAAUGACUGGAAACUGACAAAUACAAAGCCGUUUAAUUGCACCGAUAGUACAGACAAUAUUAAUAACAUAUAUUGUUGUUAUACAGCAGAGGAUGUAUUGAGUCGCCACUUUGUUCUUUUUGUAAACAUGAAAUAUCAACUUGUUUUGGAGAUGUGAUAGAAUUAAUCCUAUUUGGAAACAGCUAAAGCAAUGCAUCCAUAAAUAACUGGUUUGCUAGUGGAAUUUAGAAAGAAAGAAAAAAUUAAUUAUGGGUUUAAAAAAAAGCAGUAAUGAUGCUAUUAAUGUAAUCAUAUUGAUAACAAAGCAAUUAUUUGUUUAAAGUCAUAUGAAAUGUUUAAUUUCACAUGUAACGUGGAUCCAAAAGGAGUUGGCACUAUGCUAUGAUGUUAAAAAAAAGUACUGCUUUCAGCAAUUGUGACUAUAAUAACUUUGUAAAAUGUUGGUCUCUAUGACAUAAUUUACUAAAAUAAUUUUAUCAUUUAA